UCAAUCCUACGGUCCGCCGUCAGCCAUUACAUUAUCACCACGGCCGUCAAGCACCUGUCGCCGCAUCCGCAUCUAAGUUAAGACUGCUUCAACAACACUUUAGUGUCGCUGAUACGGCCUGCUGAUGACCGCGAGUACAUCCGUUUGGUGAAAAUCUCGCGGUGUGCCGUGGCUGACGCACCCGCUUUCACUGGAUUUCUCGCGCCCGCGCCUAUAUAGAUCGCCCCUUCCUUGCCGCUACCUGAAAAAACUCACCUGGGCACUGCUGACACAACAACUAGCCAACAUGGCGCACGGCGAGCAAAACGAUCAGCCUUGCCAUCCGCCUGACGAACAGCCGCACCAACAACCUCAAGCCGUCAUCGGCUACCCGUUCCACCAGUAUGUUCCCGGCAUCAUCGAGCCCUGCGCCGUCGAUGUGGAGGAGCGCCCCCAAGCAUUCCACCUUCUUACUUGCGGACAUAUCGUUGCAGUCGACGCCGAGGACAAGCGGUGUGGCCUCAACUGCCUGCACGUCGAGACGUGGAGAACGGAAAUGCAGAAAUCGCAAAAGGAAGAAGAAAUUGAUUUGGGGACGGGUCUCACGCUCCAGCAAGCGAUCAGCAGCACUCGUCCGCCUAACGUCUUUGUCCCUCAUGUCAGUCAUAGGCAGGCCAACGACCUCAUAUACUGCGAGAUGUGCCAUGGCAUUCCCGUUUGGAGCUUCAACAUGCUCCGGCCCGCAGCCCGGUACCGCCGCGCCGUCGCACUCACCCGAAAUGUCAUCCAGUACUACACUUCUUACAGCCCUGCUCAGGUCGAGAGCCUCUUGAGCCCGCUAUUCUACAAUCCCAAUCACAUCCCGUUCGACUGGAAGAACACCCACAUUCUCCGCUGUGGUCACGAGGUCUGGAGCGAGCCGACGCGUCCCUGCUCGUCGAGUUGCAGCGACGCACCGUCUUGCCGGGGCAGGAUCUUCCCGCGUAACGAGAAGCAGCCCGAUGCUAUCCUCUGCAAGGAGUGUACACUUCGGGCCGAGACGGUGUAUGUACGGUACGCGACGGCGACCCAUAGAGGUGCCGGUGGAAGCGGACCCGUCCAGAAUGGAUACAUUCAGCACAGUGGCCCUCAGAACGGCAAUAUCAACAACUGCGGUCUCCCUCCCCAGAACGGGGUCGUAUACAACGAAGCUGCCCGGAACAUUAUCCAGAAAGCAUAUGCGCCGAACGACGUCCUCCAGGGCAAUGCAGCUCUUCAGAACUGUGCUUUCAAUACCGGAUCUGUUGAAACAGGAAAUGCCCCGGAGGCGGCUGGCCGGAAGGCCGGUGCUAAGAACAGGGCUGUUGAAAGCGCACCUACAACGAUGGAUCCUCGACUUGGUUAGGAGAGUCAAGAGACGACUGGAUGGAAUGAUUGCGAUUAUAUGGAAUUGCGAAUCCUUUGGAUUCCAGAGUUGAAUGGCCGUGCAUUCUGCAAGACUUUCGAACUUUGGCCCGUUAUGGUAUAAUGAGUUGACACGGCACAUACCAUAAGUAAUAAUAUUUCACAAGCUUCAACAUGUGACGAAGAGACUUCGCUCGUCGGCUUUCCCCAAUACAGUUCGAUUUGGCUUGAUGACGCGGCAGUCUUUCACCUUCACUCCCGUUUGAGAGACAUUGCGCUAGUGUCGUCAUAGGCUUAGCGCC